UUGCUAAUGAAAAAAACUAUGCAAAUUUCAACAAGGAACUACAGAAAGGCAAAACUGUUGAUGAUUUUUUGCAAGAAAUGGCCGCCCUUGAUACGAAGACAUCCACAUCUGCUGUGACUACCCGCCAGCGCAGUGCACCAGCCUCCGCUCCAACGACCCGCACCCCGAAACAAAUACUUCGAAAAAGAAAAGGAUCAAGGUCGUCCAACAGCAUCCCAUCAACAUUUCGAACUCCUGCUAGGGGUGCCGGAGCACUAAGUAGCCCCCCAUCCGAUGUAUCUUUAACCCCUAUGGCUGUGUCGUCUCGUUCGACAGCUAUCGGACACUCGGUGAAACGCAAAUUGUUUGAUGAUAGUAAUGAGGAUAAUGAUGAUCCAAGAGCGACAAAGAAUACAAAGAAACAAAACAAAGCAAUGGUUAGUGCUAAAAGAGGAAGACGAUCCAGCUAUGUUAUACAGAAAACAUUCACAUCCGCUGUGACUACCCGCCAACGCAGUGCACCAGCCUCCGCUUCAACUACCCGCACCUCAAAACAAAUACAACAAAAAAGAACAGGAUCAAGGUCGUCCAACAGUGUCCCAUCAACAUUUCAAACUCCUGCUAGGGGUGCCGGAGCACUAAGUAGCCCCCCAUCCGAUGUAUCUUUAACCCCUAUGGCUGUGUCGUCUAGUUCAACAGCUAUCGGACACUCGGUGAAACGCAAAUUGUUUGAUGAUAGUAAUAAUGAUUAUGAUGAGCCAAGAGCGGCAAAGAUUACAAAGAAACAAAACAAAGCAAUGGUUAGUGCUAAAAGAGGAAGCCGAUCUAGCUAUGUUGUACAGGAUUUACAAGAACGUCUGCGUCAUCUUCCAGAUGUCAAUGCACAGAAGAUUAAUACAGUACCGACAAUGCACAAGACACGUCGAUCCAGUCAGACGAAGAAAACCAGAAACUCUGCAUCGAUUCGACGUAUUGUGAGCACACUUAAGGAAGGUUUAAAAACUAAGAGCCCAUUGUUAACUUCGAUGGAAAUGAGAAAUGGAAAAAUGAAAAUAUGUAACACCAAAUAGGCCGAAUUUCUUAUUUCAAAAUUUUGCAGAAUACUACGACUGAAAUUUUUGCAAAUAUAGGUGCUGUCUGCUUUA